AUGUUAGAGCAGAAUGAACUACUCAUGUUAGAGCAGAAUGAACUACUCAUGUUAGAACAGAAUGAACUACUCAUGUUAGAACAGAAUGAACUACUCGUGUUAGAACAGAAUGAACUACUCGUGUUAGAGCAGAAUGAACUACUCAUGUUAGAACAGAAUGAACUACUCGUGUUAGAGCAGAUUGAACUACUCAUGUUAGAGCAGAAUGAACUACUCAUGUUAGAACAGAAUGAACUACUCGUGUUAGAGCAGAAUGAACUACUCGUGUUAGAGCAGAAUGAACUACUCGUGUUAGAGCAGAAUGAACUACUCAUGUUAGAGCAGAAUGAACUACUCAUGUUAGAACAGAAUGAACUACUCGUGUUAGAGCAGAUUGAACUACUCAUGUUAGAGCAGAAUGAACUACUCGUGUUAGAGCAGAAUGAACUACUCAUGUUAGAGCAGAAUGAACUACUCAUGUUAGAGCAGAAUGAACUACUCGUGUUAGAGCAGAAUGAACUACUCAUGUUAGAGCAGAAUGAGCUACUCAUGUUAGAACAGAAUGAACUACUCGUGUUAGAACAGAAUGAACUACUCAUGUUAGAGCAGAAUGAGCUACUCAUGUUAGAACAGAAUGAACUACUCGUGUUAGAACAGAAUGAACUACUCGUGUUAGAGCAGAAUGAACUACUCAUGUUAGAGCAGAAUGAACUACUCAUGCUAGAGCAGAAUAAACUACUCGUGUUAGAGCAGAAUGCACUACUCAUGUUAGAGCAGAAUGAACUACUCAUGUUAGAGCAGAAUGAACUACUCAUGUUAGAACAGAAUGAACUACUCGUGUUAGAGCAGAAUGCACUACUCAUGUUAGAGCAGAUUGAACUACUCAUGUUAGAGCAGAAUGAACUACUCAUGUUAGAGCAGAAUGAACUACUCAUGUUAGAGCAGAAUGAACUACUCGUGUUAGAACAGAUUGAACUACUCAUGUUAGAGCAGAAUGAACUACUCAUGUUAGAGCAGAAUGAACUACUCAUGUUAGAACAGAAUGAACUACUCAUGUUAGAGCAGAAUGAACUACUCAUGUUAGAACAGAAUGAACUACUCAUGUUAGAGCAGAAUGAACUACUCAUGUUAGAGCAGAAUGAACUACUCGUGUUAGAGCAGAAUGAACUACUCAUGUUAGAGCAGAAUGAACUACUCAUGUUAGAACAGAAUGAACUACUCAUGUUAGAGCAGAAUGAACUACUCAUGUUAGAACAGAAUGAACUACUCAUGUUAGAACAGAAUGAACUACUCAUGUUAGAACAGAAUGAACUACUCGUGUUAGAGCAGAAUGAACUACUCGUGUUAGAGCAGAAUGAACUACUCAUGUUAGAACAGAAUGAACUACUCAUGUUAGAACAGAAUGAACUACUCAUGUUAGAACAGAAUGAACUACUCGUGUUAGAGCAGAAUGAACUACUCGUGUUAGAGCAGAAUGAACUACUCGUGUUAGAACAGAAUGAACUACUCAUGUUAGAGCAGAAUGAACUACUCGUGUUAGAGCAGAAUGAACUACUCAUGUUAGAGCAGAAUGAACUACUCAUGUUAGAGCAGAAUGAACUACUCAUGUUAGAGCAGAAUGAACUACUCAUGUUAGAGCAGAAUGAACUACUCAUGUUAGAGCAGAAUGAACUACUCAUGUUAGAACAGAUUGAACUACUCAUGUUAGAGCAGAAUGAACUACUCAUGUUAGAGCAGAAUGAACUACUCGUGUUAGAGCAGAAUGAGCUACUCAUGUUCAGCGCCAUGGAGUAA